AUGAUCACCGGCUUCUUCCGAGGCGGUGGGGGCUGGAGGAACGGUUCUACAUGCGAGAUGGCGGUGAAGCAGCUGCAAAGCCGACUGAGAAACCUGAAGAAAGAAACGGAAAAACGGGUCCAGGACCGUACCGGCAGAAUAGCUCGGUUCGUAGACGAUGGGGACGUGGGUGCCGCGGAGCAGAUAGUGAGGGACGAGAACGCGAUCCGGAUCCUCGAAUUGCUGUACCAUUCGUGCGACGUCGUCAAGGCCAAUCUCACCUACAUACGCCGCCACGUGGACUGCCCUAGGGAGAUCAACAAGGCGGUCUCCACGUUGGCGUUCGCCAGUUCUACGACGAUGCGACGGCGGAUGCGGCGAGUCUCGAGGGUUUCCGUGGAAGUUGCGUUGACUCGGAAGUGGCGGAGAGGCUGGAGUCGAGGCAUGCUAGGGUUCCUUAUCCUACCACGCUUGCAAAGGUUUGUGCGAUACUUCACAAGGACGUUGGAGCUCGCGACGAGGAAUUAG